AUGUGGGAGUUCCGUUCCAUGUCGUUCUGGCGGGCGGUGUUCGCUGAGUUCUAUGGCACCAUGUUCUUUGUGUUCUUCGGUCUGGGGGCGGCUCUGCGCUGGACCACCGGGUCCCACAACGUUCUCCACGUGGCUUUCUGCUUCGGCCUGGCCGCUGCCACCCUCAUCCAGUCCAUCGGUCACAUCAGUGGUGGACACAUCAACCCGGCUGUCACCUUUGCCUACUUGAUUGGCUCCCAGAUGUCCCUGUUCCGCGCUGUCUUCUACAUCGUGGCCCAGUGUCUGGGGGCGCUGGCUGGGGCCGCUGUGCUCUACGGGGUCACCCCCAACAACAUGAGGGGCAACCUGGCACUCAACAUGCUGCAGCCAGGUAUCAGCCUGGGCAUGGCCACCACCGUGGAGGUGUUCCUCACCCUGCAGCUGGUUGUCUGCAUCUUCUCUGUGACCGACGAGAGGCGUAACGGACGCCUGGGCUCUGCUGCCCUGGCCAUCGGCUUCUCUGUUCUCAUAGGACAUCUGUUGGGGAUGUACUAUACUGGUACUGGAAUGAACCCUGCCAGGUCCUUCGCCCCCGCUGUGCUGGGCAGAAAGUUUGUCAACCACUGGGUGUACUGGGUGGGUCCGAUGAUUGGCGGUGCUAUGGGAGCUAUUAUCUAUGAUUUCAUGCUGUUCCCCCGCAUGCGCAGUCUCUCUGAGAGGAUGGCCAUCCUGAAGGGUACCAGGCCCCCAGAGGCUGAGAGCCAGCAAGACGCCAGAGGAGAGCCCAUCGAGCUCAAGACUCAGGCCCUAUAAGCCUGGUGAAGAAGGUUGGCUUUCUGAAUCCCAUAUUUCCCUAUUCCGUACACAAACCUCCUCCGAACCCUCAACCCUACCCAACACACAUACACACACAUUACUCUUCCUCUCUAACCAACACACCCACAUAGUACACACAGACCAUCACGACAACUCCACCUUUCUCACCCUCCUCAUCCUUACUCUGCUGAUCCAGAAACAGUACAUGCUGAAUUACUGGGCAGCCAAAGCCCUAACCCUCCUCCGACCUGUGAACUAUGACCCCCUCCCCCCCACUUGGACAGCAGGACAAAGAUGGCGGGUAAGAAGAGGACUUAGCUGCCACUGAAGAAAGCACCCUGCUGCGGCCUGUUGUGUAGGGAGUGGGUCACUCCUGGCUGACCAGGUGGCUGUAACUGCUCAGGACAGGGGCAUCUCUCUCUCUUCUUUUCUAUCUAUAGUUUGUAGUCUGCUAGGAGUGAAGCUACAGUAGAGCAGUUAACUUCAUGCUUUUUCCAUUUUUUAUGAAACUUCUGGUACCUGAUGUGUAUGUAAUUAUUAUGCCCUUGAAGAAUUUCUGAGGAUUUUUUUCAACUCUAGUUAUAUUUUCAAGUCAUGCGUUGUGUUGUUUGUGCGUGUUUAAGAAGACCAUUGUUAUUUUAUUUUUUUCAUUAACAAUUCCUUUGUUCGUCAUCAUGCUGUUUUACAGUACGUACUUUACCUUUAUUUAACUAGGCAAGUCAGUUAAGAACAAAUUCUUAUUUACAAUGCCAGCCUACCGGGGAACAGUGGGUUAACUGCUUUGUUCAGUGACAGAACAACAGAUGUUUACCUUGUUAGACUGCAGCCUAUUCUAAGGGAAAUAAGCAUAUUUUGUCCCCCUCUUCCUUCAAUGAAAGUUCUGAUUCAUUACUAGCAACAUAUUUAGAGUGCUCCCCUUUUGUCCAAAAUCUCUUACAUUUUAGCCGUCUUUUUAAAAAUUGUUCUGUCUAAUUGUAGACUGUCUCUUAUAGGGGAGCACAAACAGUCAGAUUUAUAUGAAAAUAAACACACAACACACACACAAAAAAACUCAAUCUCCAUUUCUAUUUAAACACAUAAUCUUGAAAUUGUAUAUUAUUUUUCAUUUAGUAUUACAAAAUUCCACUUCUUUGACCUGAUGUCUCUCAUCAACUUUGACUUUUUACAGCCAUGAUAAGUGCCUGAAGACAUAAAAGGGUUUCUACUGUAUGCAGUUCAGUACCAGUAUUAUCUGUGCCAGACUGUUUUACGUUUUACUCAGUUUCUGGAAUGCUGUUUUUUUUUCCAUUAAAGAUUUUGCUGUUACAGCGGUUUCAUGUACAGGCGUGUGAUAGCUGGAUUGGCUUUUAUUUUGUGUCAUUUUACUUAAUAACAAAAAAAAUCUAGCCCUAACUGGCUUUGUCGUGUGGAUCAAGCUCAUUUUAUUAGUUGAUUGUAGUUCUUUCUUAUACAUAUCCUUUAAAUCUGUCUUCUGUCU